UCACUCGGAACGAAAAUGCAAAAAAUGAACAAUUUAAAUCUGUUGCAGAUGUGCUCUUUUCGGCUUUUGCUAUUUUUACUUAUUGUGAUUCGAUUUUCACAUGGCUUUCUGAGCCAGCUCGAGGCGGUUCUAGCCAAAUACAAAGAACUCUUUGACGAUCCCGAGAGCCUGACCUACGACAUUCCGACGCCUUACAUGCACGCUGAGUACGACUUUGUGGUCGUGGGCGCCGGCACCUCGGGUAGCACAGUGACAAACAGGUUGACAGAAGUGCCCACCUGGAGCGUGCUGCUGCUGGAGGCCGGUAAGGACGAGCUUAUUUUCACCGACGUGCCUUUGUUGGCGGGCCACUUCCAGCUGACGGACUACAACUGGGGCUACAGGGCAAUGCGCCAAGAAGGGGCCUGUUUGGGCCUCGAGGACCAAAGGUGCCCGUGGCCCAGGGGAAAGGGCAUGGGCGGAACCAGCAUAAUCAACUACAUGAUCUACACAAGGGGCCACCCCAAGGAUUACGACGGAUGGGAGCAGAUGGGCAACCCUGGCUGGGGCUGGAGAGAUGUUUUCAAGUACUUCCUUAAGUCGGAAAAUGCGAUGGAAGACUUGGCCGACUCACCUUUUCAUUCAACUGAUGGCUACUUAGAUGUUACCCGCAAUUUUUUCAGAACUCCACUAAUUGACGCAUUUAUUGAGAGUGGCAAGCAGUCGGGCUUCAAGGAAAUCGACUACAACUCGGGUGAACUAAUCGGCUUUUCGCGACUCCAAGUUACGCAGCGCAGGGGUGCGAGGUGCAGUGCGAGCAAAGCCUUUCUGCGCCCCAUUCGGAAAAGGGCCAACUUGCACGUGGCCAAGGAGGCGGUCGUCACGAAAAUCCUUAUCAGCCCGAAGAGCAAGACGGCUUGGGGAGUCGAGUUCGCCCGCAACGGCCAGCGCUACUACGUGCGCGCGAGGAAGGAGGUGAUUUUAUCGGCCGGCGCUAUCGACUCGCCCAAACUGCUGAUGCUGUCGGGCGUCGGUCCCAGGGAGCACCUCCAGGCGUUGGACAUAAAGGUACUGCUCGAUUUGCCGGGGGUAGGAGCCAAUCUUCAGGAGCACGUGUCGAUGAGCGGGCUCACAUUCCUUGUCAACGAUACAGUUGGAGUGGUACAAAACAGAGUGGCCGCCAUCGGCCCGAUUCUGCGCUACAUCAACGACGGAAUAGGACCUUUAACCUUGCCAGGCGGAGUCGAGGGUCUCGGCUACCUGCGGACUAGAGUGGCGACAACGCCGAGCGACUACCCUGAUAUGGAGUUGAUUUUUGCAUCUGGCUCUUUGAAUUCAGACGACGGCCAAGUUGUGCGGAAGGGCAUUGGUGUAACUGACGAAAUUUAUAAUCAUGUUUUCAAGCCUAUCAACAGUAGAGACGCUUGGACAGUGUGGCCCAUGAUUCUGAAGCCUAACAGCCGGGGGUGGGUGCGACUUAAAAGUAAAAAUCCAUUUGCAUGGCCCCUCAUGUUUGGAAACUAUUUCGACGACCCAAACGACCUGGAGGCUAUCGUCGAGGGAAUUAAAUUCUCGAUCGAAUUGAGCAAGAAAAUGGCAUUUCAAAGGUUUAAUAGUACCCUUCAUGGCAUCCCGUUACCAGGGUGCGCUUUUCUCAGGUUCGGCACCGACGAUUAUUGGAGAUGCGCCGUGCGUCAAAUGACAACGACCCUACACCACCAAUGCGGAACCGCAAAAAUGGGACCGGUCCACGACCUCAGCGCAGUGGUUGACCAUGAGUUGAAGGUUCACGGAUUAAAAGGUUUAAGAGUGGUAGAUGCGUCUAUUAUACCGAGAAUCCCAGCCGCUCACACAAAUGCAGUUUGUUUCAUGAUCGGAGAAAAAGCGGCGGAUAUGAUCAAAAGCUUCUACGGAAAAUGAUUUUAAAAAAAAUCUAAUUCAUCGAUGCAAAUUCAAUUUUGUUUUAAAGGUGAGAAACGAAAGUAAAUUUGUGCUUGCAGUUGAUUCUAAAAAUAUAUAUCUCACCUUGCUCAGUUCUUCUGCUUCUGUUUGCUGUCAAGCGACUUUUUAGUAAGUAAAAAAUGUCAUCCGAUUAAAACACGCCGUUGGCGACUCGGUUAAGAGGGUUUGGCUUGGUGGUAUUUUUUGAUUAUGUUAAAGGAUUAACAUAAUAUCUCAUCUGGAACUAAUCCGUUAAAAACUUAUGCUAAAUUGAACAGUCGUUGUUUAAGACU